AAGUAAUUCAAAAAUAUGAAAACAGCUUUAUUUUUAAGUUUAAGUUUAAUCUUACUUUCUCAAAGUGUCAACUGCUAGCAACCAGUUGAAGUCUUUAAAACUUUCAUUGAUGGAAAAAAUAUAACUCAAAGCAUUUAUUAUUACACUUAAGUUUUAGAUCACUUCAAUCCUAAUGAUCAAAGAACUUGGUAAUAACGUUAUGCAAUUUACAGUGAUGAAUAUAAUCCUGUUAAUGGUACUGUUUUUGUCUAUAUUGGAGGUGAAGGAAAAUAAAAAGGAUUAUCUCCUGGUUUAGGAUGGAUGGUCGAACUUGCUAAGAAAUUCUCAGCUCUUUUCUUGAUAGUUGAACAUCGUUUCUAUGGUGCAUCUUAGCCUUUUGGAAAAGACGAAAAUUCCUAUUCAAAUUAAAAUUUAGCAUACUUAUCUGUUGAAUAAGCUCUUGAAGAUCUUGCCUAAAUAAUUGCUAACUUCAAAACUUUGAGGUUACAUGGAUUAUCUGAGAAUGUUCCUUUCAUAACUAUAGGUGGAUCUUAUCCUGGUGCAGUUAGUGCAUGGUUCCGCUCUAAAUAUCCUCAUUUGGUUGUUGGUGCCUUAGCUUCUAGUGCAGUUAUUCUACCUGUUGAAGAUUUCUAAUAAUACGACUACUAGAUUUACUUGAGUACUCUUCGUAGUGGAUAAUGGUGUCCUUAAAAUAUCUAAGCAUUUAACAAAUAACUAGAAUCAAUUUUAGUUAAUGGCGGAGAACAAGCAGAAAAAAUUAUCUAAUAAUUCAAUGCAACUAAUCUCAGACAAGACGAAUUCUUAUCCUUCUUUGGUGAUUUAUACUCCGGAUUAGUUUAGUAUGGUAGAAGAUCACUUUUGUGCAACUUCUUUGCUCAAAAUACUACUUUCUAUGACUAAUUAAAUAGCAUUUACUAAUAUGCUAUUGUCUAAGGCAAUUAGCCAAUCGAAGCAUACGAUACUUACACUUUAACAAAUACUACUUAUGAUGAAGAUGCUGCAGGACGCUAAUGGGUAUGGUAAACAUGUACAGAAUUUGGCUGGUUCUAAACAGCUAAUCAAGUUCAACCUAUGAGAAGCAAAUAAGUAGAUUUAAAUUUUUACAGAUACAUCUGUAAUGUUGCUUUUGAUGGAGAACAUGAUGAUCCUGAUAUCACAGCAAAUGUAAAUCGUUUUGGUGGACUUAAAAUUGGAGCUACAAAUAUAGUUUUCACAAAUGGUAUUGAAGAUGAAUGGUAGUGGGCUAGUUUACGUUAAUCAACUCCUUAACUAACAUCUAUUUUUAACAAUUGUGAUAAUUGUGCUCAUUGUCAAGAAUUCCGUACCCCCAAGCCAACUGAUCCUCCUGGUCUUUAAUCCACCCGUAAGCAAGUAGAAGCUAUUUUUGCAUAAUGGAUCCACUAAUUCUAUUUAGAAAGAUAAUCAUUUGGCAAAAGAAUGUUAAGAGGAGUUAAUUGA